AAUCGAAGGUUAUCUAAAAACUGCACACAAAAGUUAUUUUCUCAUAAAAAACAUCGUGUAUAGGAAUUCAGUCGAUUUUUCAUCCACUUUUGCUUACCAUUUCUGUUUUGUUGUCAUGUGGUUUUACGACGCCUGGCCUACUGACACCGCAGCUCCCACACACCCUACCUGGCCUUCUGGCCACCUGACAACCCUUCGGGCUACGCUCUCAUUAUGGAAUCACCAGAGACGCGCCGUCCCGUCCCGACUUCCCAUGCCGGUCCUCUGGAGACGGAGACCCCACCCCGCCCGGACCGGCCGCGCGCUGCUUCUGAGCUCUCAAUCAAGGCGGGAACAAAAGGUGACAGCGCCGGCCCUCCAUCACACAUGUCACGCCACUAAUCGGCCCGCAAAACGGCGCGCUGGAGGCAGAGCUGGCGCACCGCCGCGCUGCUUACUCGCCGCCGACGGCUGAGACGUUCGGGUGGAUGGGGUGAAACUACAAAUGGGUUGUUGGUGAGGAGUAGCGGUCUGCUGGUCGUUGAGGGAUGACCUGGGUGAUAAGCAUAUGCCAGCUGAUUAAUGAGAUAAUUGAGUUUUAUAGCUCAGAGGGAUGCAACUGGUUGUGUCUUUGAAAAUUUUUGUUAAAAGAUUAUACAACGCUUGCACAAGCACAAAAUAUGUGCACGGAAGUGUUUCUGGUGGUCAAAUAAAAACAACUUAUCUUAAGGAAUAUUGUGUUGUGCUUGUGUUGGUUAGUGGUUACCGCAUCCGUAAUUUGUUUUUAUCUUCGCUCAGGUUUCACUCAAAGUCACCAGCCUAAUCACAUCAGCGGUGCUUAAAUAUUUAUACACAUUACGUAAGCAGCAUUACAAAUUUAAGACGUAUAAUCUUCAUUACUUAUUGCAAGCCACCAACGAAUGAGCUUUGAGGUUAUCGCUUCAGAGACUGGCUGUCACUCUGCACCAAGAAGAUGCCUUGUAAACAUCCAAGAAUGUGGUAACCGUCUUCUGGAACAACACGUGGCAGGACGUUCAAGCUCGCUUCCGAAUUAGUCUCUUUCGUCUCUAGGGACUCUAAUGGAAAAAAGUACAAUACAAACUCCAGAAGCCUCAACUGGAAGAUGAUCUUAACUUCAAUGUUUUUUUUUUUUUUUGUAAAUGAUCCUGUCCUCGCCACCUCUAGAAGCCAGCGCUAAAAAUAUUGGUGGUUUCUCACUUCGAUGGUCGGUCGAUCAGUUCAACCUUCAAAUGUCAUGGUGACGACUUCCAGACUUAUCUCACUCCGAAAGCACUGAACACAAUUUCGACACGCUAAAAGACGCUGUCUCUCGUACAUCCGUUCGGCACGUCUAUCCAGAAGAGACGAAGGACCUCCACGGUUCCACCCACUGAAGAGAGCGACUGCUGCUUUUACCGCGGCCUUCGCCUGCCAAAGCGACGUCUGCAGUUCGCACAGCUGCCGAUCAGUCUUGGAUCACUAUCCUGGAUCGAGGCCUAGAUCACAUCGUCGACGGGUGACUGUCGAACCCCUCUCGACCCGUCGACGGACACCUUUGGGGGCGGCGGAGCGGCGUCGACGGGGCACGGGUACUUUCUCCGGCGCUGGUGGCGGCCGGCCGGCGGCGCGCGGCUAGCGCGUGCCCGCUAGUUUGGUGCUGACUGGCGGCUACGAUGGACGCCUAUCUCCGCGGCUGGUCGCUCGGAAGCUCAGCGGCGGCGGUGAGCGCGCCAAACGCCCUCAUCUCCACUCAGAGCAAGAUCGGCGACGAGCUGACUGCGAGCAGCGAGCUCGGGCUCCUGCUGACCGACCCAGCGGCCGUCAAACGCGAGGCCGAGGAUCUGACGGCGCGCCGAUCGCCCGAUCGACCCGAGGACCGACGCGUCGUUAUCGUCAACGGCGCUCUGGAGUUAGGCGGGAAGGUGGAGGAGCCGGACGGCAGCCCAGGCCGGUACGGGACUCAACAACCCGUGGCUCUGCUCCACGCCGACUCCCCGUCACCGAAGGACAUGUCGACGGGUCAUUACGCCGCCCAGUAUACGGGUCUCGCGCCGGCACAGGUGUUCGCCGAGCCCAUCUCACAGUACAGCGCGAUGCCUCCGUCACCGACAGCCACCUACGGACAGCCGGGGCUGCGGACCAGCGGUGCUACGUACGCGGUAACUACGGACCCGUACUACCGUGACCCGUACUACCCGGCGGCCGGCGGGGAGCAGUACACGACCGGCCGCGCCGCGCCCGUGUAUGCCGACGGUCAGGACGGACACGCACAGUUUGUGGAGCGCUACAUGAGGCCCGGCGCAGCGGUGUAUAAGCUGCCCGGGCAGGGACUGACGGUGGAUCUGCCGUCUCCGGACAGCGGGAUCGGAGCAGAGGCUACCACACCGCGGGACCAGAGCAACACCCUGCAACAGACGACUACCGGGUUCGAGUACACAGAUAUGUGCGGCACGGCCGGUCAGCAGCAGGUUCUGACCGCUGACCCGACCGUGCUGCGACCCGGUGCCACGCCCCCGGCGGUGUCCAGGUCACGGCCCUGGCACGACUUCGGCCGGCAGACCGAGGUCGAUAAGAUACACAUCCCCAAAAUAUUCUCCAACUACGGCUUCCGCUUCUUCCUGGAGACGCCGAUCUCGACGAGCCAGCGUCGCGAGGACGAUCGCCUGACGUACGUCAACAAGGGCCAGUUCUACGGCGUCACCAUGGAGUACGUGCCCGAUCCGGACAAGCCGCUCAAGAACGCCACAGUCAAGAGCGUGGUUCUGCUGGUGUUCCGGGAGGAGAAGACGCCGGAGGACGAGCUGAAGGCCUGGCAGUUCUGGCACAGCCGGCAGCACAGCGUCAAACAGCGCAUCCUCGAUGUCGAUACCAAGAACAGCAUUGGUCUGUACGGAGGUAUCGACGAGCUGGCUCACAACGCCAUCGCUGUCUACUGGAACCCACUGGAGAGCUCGGGAAAGAUAAGCAUCGCGUUGCAGUGCUUUAGUACUGACUUCAGUAGCCAAAAAGGCGUCAAGGGACUUCCGCUGCACAUUCAAAUCGACACCUACGAGGAUUAUCGGGACCCGAACGCGCCUGUCUCUCACCGCGCGUACUGCCAAGUCAAGUCCUUCUGCGAUAAGGGAGCCGAGAGGAAAACACGAGACGAGGAGCGACGCGCCUCUAAACGGAAGAUGACGGCCACCGGUCGGAAAAAGAUGGAAGAAAUGUACCACGGCUCGUGCGAGCGCUCCGAGUUUUACUCGAUGGCCGAUACCACCAAGCCGCCGACACUCUUCCAGCCAAGCGAUGACCCGGAGAAGAUUGGCAACAUGGAGCUGCAGAACUACUACGCUCAGCAGGAGGGCGAAGGAAGCCUGUGUGCUGACGCGGUGGGCUCGCCCGCGCCGCCGCCGCCGCCACCGCCGCCGCCUCCGCCGCCCCCCGCUGCCCCCGCUACCCUCAAGUUUCACUACAGCUUCCCGACGCUCCCCGCUGAAGCAGCAGACGGGGAUAGGAAGAGCGAGGAUGGCCUAUUUUCUCCGGGGGCGAAGAGGGCACGUCUCUCGCCGCCGCUCAGCCAGCGGGUGAUGCUGUAUGUGCGUCAGGAGCGGGAGGAGCUCUACACACCGCUGCACGUGGUGCCACCUACAACUAUCGGACUCCUGCACGCGAUUGAGAGCAAGUACAAAAUCAGUGCCUCCUGCGCUCAAACACUCUGUCGGAAGAACAAGAAGGGAGUGGUAGCGACGAUGGAUGAUGACAUGAUCGCGCACUACUGCAACGAGGACACCUUCCUUUUGGAGAUCAGACAGGCGGAGCAGGAGGGCGCGUUCGACAUCACACUCAUCGAAGUCGGAGACUGAGCGUAUCUCUACUUCUCAUGCCGGCCGAUAGGUGGUGCGGCGGUCGCGCCCGUUUUCGGCGGCGCUGCCACUUGCAUGCGUGUUAGUUUGUUGUUGCUUGUAGCGGUGGAGAUGUUGAUUUUGUAUGUUGACGUGAACAUUGUGAUAUUUCAUUGUGUUAUGCGCGUGGGACGGCGAGUUUGAUUUGCUGACUGCGUGAGGUCAGGGCGAAUGUGUAUUCCUGACCUUUUUUGAUAUUGUACACAGCUGAUAUGGAUAAGAUGCUGCGUCGCACGACGCUAGGAUCUCGAAUUCGUGCCAGAGCUGGACAGAGCGCACGCGAUGUUUUAUCACUGACGCGUCUGGCGGCUCGCUCUGGUGUGAGGAGGUUUGUCAGUCCGGCGCGUGCCGCGUUCCCCGGGCCCGUGAUAGGCCCAGGGCCUCGUACCUGAACCGAGGACCAGAGGACGGCGGCGGAGACCGAUAUCAAAAUCUGACCGAGCUGUGCCGGCCCCGGCUGGGCCCGUGCAGCCACAUGAACGUAGACUAUAAGGUGUGACAGUGAUGGUUGUAAAAUGUACAUAUACACACACCACCCGCAUGAAUUCACAGUGCCAAACCCGUGGGCUAGCAGUACUGUGAAGUGUGACGGGACCAGACGGGCUGCGGCGAGGAACACAAGCUCGUGCAGCAGCUGGUCUGUUAGACUUCGCGUCGUGUAGAACUAAGCUCAUCAUGUAGAGUAGUUCAUUCUUGUGACGUCGUUCCCCCAUCUUUGCUCAUGCAUGUGUCAUGAAGAGAUGAACGUGUGUCAUACGAGAACCAAGUCGUUUUCGACAGGCCGCCUGCAGUGCCACCUACUGGUGGUGUUUGUAACUAUUUUGUAAAUUUUGUCAGUGACGGCUCGUUUUUAAUGUACUUGUGCCUUUCUGAUGAAAUUGACGGUUGGACUGUGCGUUGCCAUGUGAGAAAGGGCGGCCGGUGCGGUUCAUUUACAUGGGAGGACGUUCAAAGUGCUGUAAAUGUAAUUUAUUGGCCACUGUUUUAGCAUUGUGCCAGCUGCUUCUAUUUCAGCAAGCGAGCUUGUUAGAUUAAAGUACGCUAUACAAUACAGUUGUUCAGAGAACUUG